CGUUGGACACCUCCCCCCCUCCCCUCCCGGACCAGGGCCGAUUCUCCGUUUUAUAGCAGCCAGAUCGGCGCGGCGACACCAUGAAGGACCGUACGGCGGAACUGCGAAGUGCUAAGGACAGCGAUGAUGAUGAAGAGGUGGUGCAGGUCGACAGGGACCACUUCAUGGAUGAGUUCUUCGAACAGGUUGAGGAGAUCAGAGGCUGUAUAGAAAAGCUGUCGGAGGAUGUGGAGCAGGUCAAGAAGCAGCACAGCGCCAUCCUGGCCGCACCCAACCCUGACGAAAAGACCAAGCAGGAGCUGGAGGACCUCACAGCUGACAUCAAGAAGACAGCCAAUAAAGUUCGCUCAAAAUUAAAAGCAAUCGAGCAGAGCAUCGAGCAGGAAGAAGGUCUCAACAGAUCAUCAGCGGACCUCAGGAUCCGCAAGACACAGCACUCAACGCUGUCACGCAAGUUUGUGGAGGUGAUGACUGAGUACAACACCACGCAGUCCAAGUACCGCGACCGCUGCAAGGACCGCAUCCAGAGACAGCUGGAGAUCACUGGAAGAACCACCACCAACGAGGAGCUGGAGGAUAUGUUGGAGAGUGGCAAGCUGGCCAUCUUCACCGAUGAUAUCAAAAUGGACUCUCAGAUGACCAAGCAGGCCCUGAACGAGAUCGAGACCCGACACACUGAGAUCAUCAAGCUGGAAAACAGCAUCCGCGAGCUGCACGACAUGUUCGUCGACAUGGCCAUGCUGGUCGAGAGCCAGGGAGAGAUGAUAGACAGAAUUGAGUACAACGUGGAACACUCCGUCGACUACGUGGAGCGAGCCGUUUCCGACACCAAGAAGGCUGUCAAAUACCAGAGCCAGGCUCGCAAGAAGAAGAUCAUGAUCAUCAUCUGCUGCGUCAUCCUGGGCGUGGUCCUGGCGUCGACCAUCGGCGGCACGCUGGGCUUCUAAGACGCUCCGCCGCCUGCCGCUGUGACGACUGACACCGACCGACCGACAGCCAGCAGAGAAAACAAACACCAACGACGACAACAACACAAAAACUUGAAACACAAAUGCAAGACAGAUAACCAAUCAGCUAGGAAGAGAUAACAAUCCAAUCACAGAAAAGAGGAAACACCACGGGGUUGGGUGGGGUUCAAAAAACAAAGACAAAAAAAAAACACAAUAAAAACGCCAUCACAUUAUAGCUGACUUAAAUACAUAACAUAUACAAAAAGAGGGUACAAAUAAACCUACUAUUUAUUACAGAUGUACAUGUAAAUGUAUUGAACAUAUGAAGCAACACAUGGGUUAGCUACCUGUAAAAAAUUAUGACCUAUAAUAUGACAUGUUUGUUUGUUUGUUUGUUUGUUUUGCCUUUUUUUCUUAUUUUUUAACCGUUUCUUUCGUUUUUCGGGAGUCUCCGAGGACAGUGAUGGUGACCGCUGCUGGGUGGGAGUUCUGUGGGGCGAGCGCUCUAGAACCAAUCCUGUUCGGUAGUUUCUUACAUUUAUUUCCUGUUAAGAGGUUCUUAAGAACACAUUCUUAAUAAACGUGCUGGGAAUCAUCCGACCACAGCUCCGCCAGAAUAUUCCGGCAGCUCUAGAACUGCAGCGUUGCGUUCCGGAACCGAAGGGCUCCGGAGCGCAGACGAGAACAGAGGGAGGUUCCGGAACGCUGUCAGUGGCUCUGGAACGUUCCGGAACGCUGCCAGUGAUUCCGGAACGUUUUGUUGGUAACGCUGUCCCACAGGACAAGCACCCUCGCGCUCUAGAACCAACUUUGUCCCCUUGUUUCUGGGAGGGAGGGGCCUCCCUCGCCUUUGGCUCAGCCGCCUCUUUAGACCACCUCUCAUUGGUUUGCUCACUCCUGUCAUUCACCUCAGUCAGCCUAUUAAAAUUAGCUUAGAACGGCAAGCCCAACCUGCCACAUGCUGUUUAUAAACCAGUGAGGAAAGCGCAUGACAUGCUACUCGCUGAGUUGACAGAUAGCUGAU